AUUAAUUUAAUAUUCAUGGGGCUCAUUUGCAUAUUUUGGUGCAUUAAAAAAUGUAUUAAUGCACUUGCAACUGCAUACAUAUACAAGUAAAAUAAAAAGAAAAUUCCUAUCCUUAGUUUAAUAAGCAUGUGGCUCUUUAACCUUAUUUUUUCUUUAACUCAUAUUCUUACACCUUUGGUUGGUUUUUGGUUAUAUGAACACUUGGUAUCUGGUACUGCACAUAACAAAGAAUUGACAUGAAAGUACUGUAGAGUUAGCUGGGAUUAAUAUUUAUUUAUUUGAUUUUACAACAUGUUGUUCUAGAUCAUUGCUGCCGUCGUCCGGCCUGUUGUUCUGCACGCGCUAACACACUGUUUAUAGUUUGUUUACAUUUGUAUGAACAUUUUUAUUGUUUGUGUUUAUGGCUUUUUAACAAACUAAGGGGCACUGUUUUCAAUUUGGCUGGUACAAGAACACAAUUUGAAUGGAAUUAGGAGGGUUGUAGGGAAGGUGGUGGCUGAGCAGAGCUUUCCUGUCAGGGUAGCUGACUGUAGUAACAUCAAUCUGACACAAAAGAAACAGCAUAAGAAGGGGAGAAACCUGAUGAAUAUACAGUAUUUGAUGAAUGUACACUGGUGUUCUUAGACAUCAGCUAAUCCUGAUAUUCACUUAUAAGGGUUUGCCAUGAUUAAACCAUGAAUCAACCAAUGUGAGAAUAUUUUAGGGUGUUUUACUGCUUGGGGGAAAAGCAAGUGAGGUCUCUGGAGGCUGAGUCCCAACUGCAUAAGUAGUGGAUAAGUAGUGGAUAAGUGGAUACUAGAUAAAUAGUAUCAAAUGGGUAAGUAGAUAUAACCAGUUCAGAGUGUUAGCUAGUAUAUAAAUGUCUUUACUUUUCUCUGUUCUCCUUUAUGGCCAGAGUGGAUAAAUGGGGAAAUGGCUUUGCUGCCAGGAAUCACACAGAGGAUUUGAAACUUCUAAGUGUCAAACUUUGCGAUCUGACAGCGAGAAAACACAGGAAGUGCUGAGACUUUACCACGCACCACUGCUCUGUCAGUCAGUCAGUCGUUAGAGAGACAGGAUGGAGUUCAGUCCACUCGCUGUGAUGCUCUUGUGAUCUGACUGUAAGAACACAGGAAGUGUAGAGACUUUAACACACACCACUGCUCUGUCAGUCAGUCAGUCAUUAGAGAGGCAGGAUGGAGUUCAGUCCACUCGCUGUGAUGCUCUUGCUGAUUUCACUUAUACCAGUGGCCCAUGCUCAAGAAAAACCCAAACCGACUGUGAGAGUGAAUCCUCAGAGCUCCGUCUACACUGGAGACACCAUCACUCUGACCUGUGAGCUGCAGUCGACUGGAUGGGAGAUUCAAUGGUAUAAAAAUAAUCCGCAGUUGCAGCCUCUGUACAGUGAACAAGCAAACACACUUAAAAUGACAGUCAAUAAUGCAGGAGAAACAGAGUACAAGUGUCGCGCAUGCAGGAGAAACCAAGAGAGAGGGUACUACUACUACCACUACUACUGCACAGAGCUCAGUGAUCCUGUCAGGAUUACAGUGAGAGAGAGACCAGGGGCAGUACUGAGUGUAUCUCCACAGAGCUGGCUGACUGAAGGAGACUCAGUGACUCUAAGCUGUGAGGUUACAGACUCCUCUACAGACUGGACAUUCAGCUGGUACACAGCUGUUCCCUACAGAGACGGCUUAACUCAAAUAAAACAUAAUCAUGGCUAUAUCAUGUAUGUGGAGCUCCUCUCAGACAGCAGCAGAGGAUCUGGAGGCAAAUACACUCUCAGUCCUGCUGCUCUUAAUCACACAGGAGUUUAUAUGUGCAGAGGAGAGAGAGGAGAACCAGCCUUACACACACAGUACAGCAAUCCACAGACACUAUGGAUCACUGGCGAAUCUCCUCCAGUCUCUCUGAUCAUCAAUCCCAGCAAAACCCAACACUUUACUAAAGACUCUCUCUCACUGAGCUGUGAGGACCAGAUUAACUCUACUAGAUGGAGAGUGAGACGAUACACACACAGUGAGGGAGUGUUAGAUUGUUCAAGGGGAUCAGUUACAGGAUCUACAUGUGAAAUCAGCUUCCUCUCCACAUCCCACACUGGAGUUUACUGGUGUGAGUCUGAAUCUGGAGAAAACAGUAAUCCUGUCAACAUCACAGUGCAUGAUGGGGAUGUGAUCCUGGAGAGUCCUGUCCAUCCUGUGACUGAGGGACAUCCUCUGACUCUACGCUGUUUAUAUCGAUACCCAAAUUCCUCAAACCUCCGAGCUGAUUUCUAUAAAGAUGGAUCAGUUCUCCAGACACAGACUACAGGAGAGAUGAUCAUCCGAACUGUCUCAAAGUCAGAUGAAGGUUUCUACCACUGUAAACACCAAGAGAGAAGAGAGUCACCGAAAAGCUGGGUCUCAGUCAGAGGUUCUAGAGCCAGUGCUGGAACAGUAGGAGUGGCUGUGGGUUUGGGAUUUUUGUUCAUCGCUUUACUGAUCUUAAUGAUCCUGCUGUGGUCCUACAAAAGAAAAAAAGAAAAUCAGACAUCAGAGCAGAAUCAGAUCCGGUCAGGAGCUGAAGACUCUCAGUCAGGACACACACCACUUCAGGCUGGAAGUGAACACAUUUAUGCCGCUGUGGAUCAGACAGAUACGAGUGGAACAGGUGAAGCUGCAGCUGAGAGCAGAGAAGCCACUUACGCACAGGUCACGAAGAAAAAGAAGACAAACAGGAACAAUGGUGCUGAUGCUGAACCCGGUGUUACCGAUGUGACUUAUGCUGAGAUUGAACUAAAACCAAUGACAAAAGCAAAGAGAAUGAAAGAAAAGACCGCUGUGGGUGAUGACACUGUGUACUCAGUGCUGCAGCAGAAGGUAAAACUCAUGACAUUUAUAAAGUUUAAAAGGCAAUCCAUACACCAUGAAGAAAGAAAUAUGUUUAAAGGUGCAUUGGGUAGAAUUGGGCCACAAGCACUUACAAGGAGUGGCUCAACAUGGGGAUAUAUCAAAGAGGAGCCUUCCAAUCAGGCUGGAACCAUCUCCCACCGUCCCUCCCCCACUGUGGAUCUCAUCCAGCCUGCCGAGUCGACGGAGAACAUCGUUCAGCCUCCCUGCUUGUCUGAGAACACCGCUCAGCAUCCUUGUUCAGCUGAUGAUGCCACUCAGUCUCCCUGUUCAGCUGAAGAUGUUGCUCCACCUUCUGGUGUGGCCAAGAGCUCCGCUUUUCUUCCCUGCUCUUCUUUGGAUGUCACUACACAAGGCUCUGCUUCAGACAUCACGCCACCUGCCUACUCCACUGAGGACAUUGAUCCGCCAUCCUGCUCAGCUGAGGACGUCAACAAGGCGACUUCCUACGCCAAGUUCCAGCCUGAGGUCAUCGAGACAGCCAACCAAGCUCUACUCCUGCCUGAGGCAGACAUCACGACCAACCAUGUUCUGCUCACAACUGAGUUUGCUGACACAGUCAACCAAGUUCUGCGCAUGCCUGAGUCUGCUGACACAACCAGCCAAGUUCAGCUUGCAGAGUCGAUGGUGAAUGGUAUUUUGUCUCCUUGCUUGACUGAGGAUGCCGCUCUGCCAUCCUGUCUCACUGAGGAUGUUGCCCUGCUAUCCUGUUCUGCUGAGGACGUCGCCCUGCUAUCCUGUUCCACAGAGGACGUCGCCCUGUCUUCCUGUUCCACUGAAGCUGACAACCGUGCUAUCUGGACAGCACCUGCCUCUGGGCCUGAGGGUUUGGCCCUUGCUGUUCUUAGGGCUGCUUUAUCACCUGCCCUGAAGGCGGAGUCUCGGGUCCUCAGUAGCGCUCGCACCUCCGCAGUCAUCCACGGCUUCUGGUUGGAUCGUGUGGUGAUGGUGUUGGAGACGAGUGAGUGGUGGGAGGUACUAUUAUUCUUUUUCUAUCCACUGUGUAUUUUACUAUAUUUGGUGUAUCUAAAAUGUGCUAGACUGUGUUCCAGACUUCAUCAGUUCCAUGUUUUUGUCUUGUUCUCUGAUCCUGUUCCCUUUUUAGUGCUGAUUUCACUUAUACAAGUAUCACAUCCUCAAGAAAAACCCAAACUGACUGUGAGAGUGAAUCCUCAGAGCUCCGUCUACACUGGACACACCAUCACUCUGACCUGUGAGCUGCAGUCGACUGGAUGGGAGUUUUACUGGUACAAAUAUAAUCAGUAUAUGCAGCUUCUGGACACUGUAUUUACUGACACCAACACACUCAACAUGACAGUCAAUAAUGCAGAAGAAACAGUGUAUAUGUGUUUAGCACGUAGGCAAAGCAUGCUGGGAGAAAUCUACACAGAGCUCAGUGAUCCAGUCAAGAUUACAGAGAGAGAGAGACCAGGGGCAGUACUGAGUGUAUCUCCACAGAGCUGGCUGACUGAAGGAGACUCAGUGACUCUAAGCUGUGAGGUUACAGACUCCUCUACAGACUGGAAAUUCAGCUGGUACACAACUGUUCCCUACAGAGAUGCCUUAACUCAAAUAAAAGAUACUCAAAGCUAUAUCAUGCAUGUGAAGCCCCUCUCAGACAGCAGCAGAGGAUCUGGAGGCAACUACACUCUCAGUCCUGCUGCUCUUAAUCACACAGGAGUUUAUAUGUGCAGAGGAGAGAGAAGAGAACCAGCCUUACACACACAGUACAGCAAUCCACAGCCACUAUGGAUCACUGGUGAAUCUCCUCCAGUCUCUCUAAUCAUCAAUCCCAGCAGAGCUCAACACUUUACUACAGACUCUCUCUCACUGAGCUGUGAGGGCCAGAGAAACUCUACUGGAUGGACAGUGAGACAAUACACAUACAGUGAGAGAGUGUUAGAUUGUUCACGGUGGGGAUUAUUUACAGGCUCUACAUGCAAAAUCAUUCCAAUCGACACAUAUCACACUGGAGUUUACUGGUGUGAGUCUGAAUCUGGAGGGAGCAGUAAUCCUAUCAACGUCACAGUGCAUGAUGGUGAUGUGAUCCUGGAGAGUCCUGUCCAUCCUGUGACUGAGGGACAUCCUCUGACUCUACGCUGUUUAUAUCGCUACACAAAGUCCUCAAACCUCCAAGCUGAUUUCUAUAAAGAUGGAUCAGUUCUCCAGACACAGACUACAGGAGAGAUGAUCAUCCGAACUGUCUCAAAGUCAGAUGAAGGUUUCUACCAUUGUAAACACCCAGAGAGAGGAGUGUCACCGAAAAGCUGGGUCUCAGUCAGACGUUCUAGAUCUAGUGGUAGAACAACAGGAGUGGGUGUAGGAGUGAGCUUGGCCUUUUUCUUCACCUCUUUAUGGAUCAUAUUUAUCCUGCUGUCGUGCAUCAAAAGAAAGAAAGAAAAUCAGCAGGACACCAAUCAGACAUCAGAGCAGAAUCAGAGUCAGUCAGGAGCUGAAGACUCUCAGUCAGGACACACACCACUUCAGGCUGGUGCUGAUGCUGAACCCAGUGUUAGUUUUAUGAAUUAUGCUGAUCUUGAUCUACAACCGCUGAAUAAAGAAGCGAGAGUACAAGUAAAGGCCAGUGUGGGUAAUGAUACUGUCUACUCAGACCUAAAGCUGAACAUGGAGUGAAACGUGUAUGCUGAUGGAGCCACAGUUAUCAAAUGAAUAGCUGGAAAAUUGUAAUUUCUAUUUUUUCCUAAAAAUGCUCGGCUGUUAGACUGCUAUGUUCUAAACGUGGCUGAUAAUAAACACAAUGGCAUGGAGAAUUUGCACACUGACGGAUGAACCUGUAGGUGCCAAAAACAUCAGCUUUUUCCCAGAGAUCAUGGAAUUGUUUUCUCUUGUAUCAGUCCCAAUCUCUGGAAUAUAAUCCCUAUAUAAGCUUUUAAAUCCAGAUGUUUAAAAAGUGACUUGUUUAACUUGGUAGUAUUAGUUACAGUACAUUUUUUUUCACAGUUACUUUAAAAAAAAAGCCCUCGUUUGUUUACAAAUUUUUCAACUUGUCAUGCAUUGAGAAUAACAGUGUUCUAUGUGG